AUGACGGGCGAGCUUCACCAUCAUGAGGAUAGCGUGGAAACGGCCGACGCACACCGCACCGUGCAGCAACACCGACAAAAGCAAUCCGUUGCUUCCACAGAUCUGAGGCGCGUACCAACUGCAGACGUGGCCUCCACCGACCAGAGACCUUCACUCGAGCACACUCGCUCUCACAUAUCCCAUCACGACAUCACACUCUUUCCAACAACCAGCACCACUUUUCAAGAGGUCAAUCCGGAGCAAUAUACACGAUUCUCGCCGCGCCGCAAAUAUGCCAUCACUGCCAUUCUGUCUUUGUGCGGUUUCCUGUCUCCCGUUUCAUCGACCACCAUCUUGGCCGCAGUACCCGAAGUUGCAGCCACAUACAACACUUCGGGUUCUAUCAUCAACUUGUCCAACGCCCUGUACAUGAUCUUCAUGGGCAUAUCACCGUGUUUGUGGGGUCCGAUCUCCACCAUUUAUGGUCGUCGGUGGCCCUCAAUCAUCUCUGCCGCUCUGUUCUUCGUCUUCAGCAUCGGCACCGCCCUCGCCCCAGACCUGGCAUCAUUCUUCGUCUUCCGCAUGCUCACUGCUUAUCAAGGGACUUCUUUCUUGAUCGUGGGAAAUGCUUGCAUCGGCGAUAUUUACGCCCCUGUUGAACGCGGAACAGCGCUGAGCGCGUUUCUAAGUGGCACCCUGAUUGGACCUGCGUUUGGACCAUUCAUUGGCGGUAUUAUUGUCACCUUUUGUACCUGGAGAGACAUUUUCUGGCUGCAAACCGCGCUUGGCGGGCUAGCAACAGUCUUGGUCAUCCUCUUCUUGCCCGAAACCAUUCCCGAAAAGAAGAUCGAGGAGCUGAAAGAGCUUUCAGCUACCCAGCGCUACAAGCGUAUCAUGCAUUGGACCUCUCCCAUCAGAGUUGGUGUCCUGCUUUUCAGCUAUCCGAACUUGCUCAUUGCCGGUCUCGCCUCAUCUAGUCUGGUCUGGAACAUGUACUCAUUGUUGACUCCCAUACGUUAUGUCCUCAACCCCCGGUUCAACCUUACCUCGCCUAUUCAAUCGGGUCUCUUCUAUAUUGCUCCAGGAUGCGGGUACCUCUUGGGGACUUUCUUCGGUGGCCGUUAUGCGGAUUUUAUUGUCAAGAAGCACAUUAAGAUCAAGAACAAGCGAGUGCCGGAGGAUAGACUACGCUCCUGCUGGGCUUUCAUUGGCAUUGUCACACCAGCUUGCAUGCUGGUCUAUGGCUGGUCAGUAGAUCAAAAGGUUGGGGGCGUACCUUUGCCUGUGGCGGCCAUGUUCAUCCAGGGUGUCUCGCAGCUAUUUUGCUUUCCAAGUCUAAACACGUAUUGCUUGGACGUCAUGCAGGCUAAAGGCAUGAGCGCAGAAGUUGUUGCGGGAAAUUACAUGAUAAGGUAUCUGUUCGCGGCUGCCGGCUCGGCGGUGUGCUUGCCAGCCAUCGAGGCCAUGGGUGUUGGAUGGUUCAGUACAAUCAGCACAGGCUUUCUGGUCGUGAGUGCUGCCAUGGUCUGGGCAACGACGAUCUGGGGCGAAGGCUGGCGGAAGGCCGUGGACCGGAAGAAGAAAGCGAAGCGCGUGCAGAGAGCUCAGCAGGAGCUCGAUGCGAAGGGUGCCUCGGAGAAGGUAUAG